AUGUGGGUGAAUUGCAUUUUGAGGUCUGGGUCGCUGUUUGUCACUCUGCCUCUUGCCAUUGCCAGGCACAAGCAAUCUUCCUUCGCCGCAAGUUGCUACCUAAGGGGAACACUGUCCCAAGCUGUUGAUACGCUCUAUGUCAAGGCAGCAAGGCUCAAAGCAACAAUUCCAGAAGAUCACGUAAAAAAAGUACAGUUAUUAAAAAAGAAAACAAAAAACUAUUUAUGGUGAAAAAACGGCAGAUUCCAAGAACAACUACUGUCCUUUUUCAUGGAAGAUAUUUUUGGUCAACUCCAAUUACAAGUUUGCAACAAAACACACUUUGUGGAAGACUUUCACAGCCUUAGGCAGAAAUCGAGCCACUGUUUUUCCUGUGCUUCAUCAGCUAGAGAAAUGAAAUCCAUUACCAGGAUGAAAAGAAAAUUUUCUGAGAUUGGAAAGAAAGGAAUCUACAAAGCCAUCAGUGAACUGGAUAUUCUUCUUUCCUGGAUUAAACAAUUCCUGGAAAGCGGCUCUCGGUGGUUUCCAGGAUCAGGCACCCUCACAGCUGAGUUUGUGCUGUACUUCCACAGAGCUGGGAGUCUCCAUCUUGGUUACAAAGCAUCCUUAGGUGUUCCAUUACUUAGGGACGCCAGAAGAGUCAAAAGGCUGCUGAAGCACGAUAGGAACUUAAACAUCAUCACCGAGCAGAAAACCAACAUCCACGUGCUGGUGCCUAUACACAAACUGUUUUCAGAUACCAAAGGAAAAAGCGUCGUCUUAGUGUGUUUGAGUAAAGACUGGUAUUCUGAAAAGGCAGUUAAGAAGGGAGAAGCUGUUAUCCUUGUGCACAGGGAGGAAACCGUGUUUGGUGGGGUCACUGUGGGCUCAGGGUGA